UAGCGAGUAUUAUUCAUUAUACUUCAGCAUAAUUGAUGAGUAAAUCAUAUUUAAGAUACUUACUGCUGUACAUACUAAUUUAAUAAUACACAAGUUUCUGAGAAUGUCUGGACUAGAAGCAUUGGAUUAUCAAUAUCGUAGUUUACAAAUAUAUAAAAUGGAACAAAUUAUUGGUCGAAUGAAUUCUCGAAAAUCAGGAAUAAUUCAUGAAUUUCAAACAGAUCCAUUUCUACACUAUGCAUUUAAAGGUAGUGUAUUUGUUAGUUGGCUUGAAGAAAAUAUUCCUACAACUGAUGAAGAAGAAGCAAUGCAUUUGGCUAACUUGUUUCUAUUCUAUGGGUAUAUAUUUCGUCUUACAAAAUCACAUCGUUCAUGUUUUCAAAUGAAUAAAAAUCAUUGGUAUCGAUUUCAGGCUCCAUUCUACUGGAUAUCUAAAAUAUCAAAACCAGAUGAUAUAGACUAUGCGGUAUAUUUAAUGAAAAGAAGUUUUAAAAAAGGCGGUUUCGAUGAAGACGAUCCAGAAGAAAGAAUAUUUAAAGAACUGUCGAAGUCAUUAGCUGAUAAAUGGAAAAUUAUUGAACUACAAGCAGCUGAACAAAUACACUUGGAGCGUAAACGUGAUGAAGCUGACAGAAAUAUAUUAAAUUUACAGGAACAAGCAUUUUGGCGAAUACAUCGUCCACCAAAAAAAGAAAAAUAUAAACUUACUGAUCCUCCACCAAGACAUUUUUCACAUAAACAAGUACAAAUUCGUCAAGAGCAAAUGAGAAAUAAGAAGCUGGAGAAAGAGAAACUACUGCAUGGUGAGCAGUACUUUUAUCUAGGUUAUUAA